AUGGAGAACGUGGACUUGGUCGUGGUGGGCGCAGGAUGGAGUGGACUUGCCGCCAUCAAAACCUACCGUGAUCUGAAUCCCGAUAGCAAUGUGCUCCUUCUGGAGGCCGCCGACUCCGUCGGUGGAGUGUGGGCCAAGCACCGACUGUACAAGGGCCUCAAGUCCAACAAUAUGCUGGGCACCUACGAAUUCAGUGACUUCCCAAUGGAUGAGGCUACCUUUGGAGUCAAGCCUGGAGAACACAUUCCAGGCGAGACUGUUCAACAGUAUCUUGAGGCAUACGCCGAGCGUUUUGGCUUCACCGAUCGCAUCCGACUCGGCCACCGUGUCGAGAGUGCGCAACACAAUCUGGACAGCACUUGGCAAUUGAAAGUGUCGCACGGCGAGGAACUGGCGACGGUCGAGACGAAGAAGUUGAUCGUAGCCACGGGAAUCACGUCGCAGGCCUAUCUGCCCAACUUUGAGGGGCAGGACACCUUCGGGGCCCCCAUCUUCCACUGCCGCGACAUGCAACAACACGAGCCCGAAAUCUUGAAGGCUGGCGAGCGAGUCACCGUGUUCGGUGGUACCAAGUCCGCCUGGGAUGCGGCGUACGCAUGUGCGACGUCUGGAAUGCAGGUCGAUUGGAUUAUUCGCGAGUCCGGUCACGGGCCAAAUUGGAUGGCGCCACCAUACGUGACGCCGCUGAAGAAGUGGCUGGAGAAACUGGUGACGACCCGACUCCUGACCUGGUUCAGCCCUUGCAUCUGGGGAGAUGCCGAUGGAUACACUCGCGUGCGGAGCUUCCUGCACGGAACGUGGCUGGGUCGCAAAAUCGUGGAUGCCUUCUGGGCCGUGCUGGCCGACGACGUCGUGCAGCUCAACGGCUUCAACAAGCACCCCGAAGUCAAGAAGCUGCAGCCGUGGAUCAGCCCAUUCUGGAUUGCCUCCUCACUCAGUAUCCUCAACUACCCAACCGACUUCUUCGACCUCGUCAAGGAUGGCACGAUCAAGGUACACAUUACCGAACUCGACCACCUCUCUGAUCACACGGUGCACCUGUCUACCGGUGAGGAGCUGAAAUCUACCGCGCUGAUCUGCUCGACCGGCUGGCGCGCUACUCCAAACUUGAAGUUCCUUCCAGAGGGCAUUGACCGCGAGCUGGGCUUCCCCUGGAGUACCGACCCCCUGGAUGAAGAGAUGGUAAAGGCAGCCGACGAGGAGAUCCUCCGUCGAUUCCCACGCCUGCGCGACCAGCCUACUCCCAAUCCCAAGUACAAGCCUCUGAAUGACGAGGCCGAGGCGGCGGUCCCUCACCCAUUCCGUUUGGCGCGCUUCAUGGUGCCUCUGUCACAGGUCAAGGACCGAUCGCUCGCUUUCAUGGGUAUCACCAUGACCAUCAACACCACCAUCAUUGCUCAAACCCAGGCCCUCUGGAUCGCCGCAUACUUUGGCAACCAGCUCACCCCGACAGCCGUGGAACACUGCCCCGCGGCCGUUCGUGCGGCUUCCGAUAUUAAAGUCGAGGAUGAUGCGGAGCUGAACCUGGCCUGGGAGACCGCGCUGCACACCGAGUUUGGCAAGUAUCGCUAUCCUGGAGGUUUCGGUCGCCGCAAUCCUGAUUUCGUCUUCGACGCCAUUCCCUACGUCGAUCUGAUGCUGCGGGAUCUGGGCCUGUCGCCCGAGCGCAAGCAGGGGAUGCUGUCUCGGUGCUUCAGCCCGUACGGCACGGAGGAUUAUACGGGAUUAGUGGAGGAGUGGAAGGCAAAGUCAUCCAAGAAGCCAUAA